AUGCCCGCUCUCGUAGCCUCCCUUGUCGUCAUGUUGGGUGCACAAAUUACCAAGAACCAGGAGCUGAAGGCGAAUUUCAGGGGUGUUAUGGCUUUUUCUGGUGCAAUCGGCCCAUCUGCUGUCUACCAAGGAUGCAUGGAUAUGGCAUCUCAGCGCAAGCUGGUGCCUCAGGAUAUAUUGAAUAUAAUGCGAGCGGGUAUGAACAUCUGUCGAGCGGCACUCGCCGAGUGCAACUCCAACGGUCCUGGGAAGCCUGCAGCAAAAGAUAAGUGUCUGAAUGCCGUGAAGUUGUGUGAUUCUGCUACUGUAACUCAAUUGAGAAAGACUCCAAGAAGCAUAUACGAUGUGCGCACCGAAGACGGCCGUGAAUCACGGUUCUACAAGUUCAAUCCUGGAAAUGUGGAGAAGCUUCUGAACAGAAAGAAUGUUCAGGAUGAGCUGGGAGUUGCAAAGAGCUUUCAGAUGCAGAAUGAUCAUGUAUUCAGUGAUUUCCGACCCUACGCGGCUUACGAUACAACAUACUUCGUAAAUGAACUACUAGAUCAAGGAAUGAAGGUAUUCAUCCUCAAUGGCGCUGAGGACUUCGUGACUAACUACGGUGGUACAGAGAAAUGGGUCUUCUCUUUGAAUGGCCAAAUCAAUUACGGUUCGAAGCUCUCCUCGUCUCUCCGUCGGACUCUGCAGUUUCCUCGAGUUGGCGUCUUUGGAAAGUACUAUCGCUACUCGUUCGCUAACGGAGCACACCUUGCAGUUAUUAAUGUGAUCAACUCGGGACAUGAUAUGAUCUUAGACGCGCCAGAAGGAAUGCAGCAGGCAUUCAAUUCCUUCCUCUCUGGUCAACUCUGGCAAGGAUGA